UCGGGAUAAAAGUUCGGUUCCGAAUGCCAUCCGAUUCGUCGCCUGUAACGAUUCGAUUCGAUCCCCAAAUCCCACCCGAAACCGAAACCCUAAUCUCCGCUGCGCCCUUUUCCUCGCCUCCCGCUUUCUCCCCGAUAUCCUUCUAAUUAGGGGGUUCGAUCGCAUCCUUCGAGGGUCGUAUCCAUCUUCCUCCGGAGCUCCGAUUAGGCCUCCGACUUUUGUUUGGGUUUCGUCAGGAGUCCGGCACGGUUUCGGUUUCGAAUCAAUCGACGUCGUUCUUUCGAAGCGGAGUUGGUGAUCGAUUAUAUGCAUAGUCGACAAUGAUGGAGGCCAACGAUAGCAAUACUAUCGCUGUUCACAAUCCAAGAGCCCGGAAGUUGAGAUCAUUGGUUUGGAAUGAUUUCACUAAGGAGCGCAAGGCAGACGGGAGCUACGUCGCCAUAUGUAACCACUGCAAGAAGCAGCUCACGGCAAGCAGCCGGAGCGGGACGACGCAUCUGAAGAACCACCUGGUGAUCUGCACAUCCACCAAGCGGAUCAAACGCAAGAAGCUGGUCGUCCGCCGGCUCGUCCUCAAGUCAACCGAUGCCAAGAGCGAGGAUGCUGUGAGUUCCGAGCACUCUCAUUUUGAUCAGGAGUCGAGCCGCCAAGACCUUGCCCGCAUGGUCAUUCUGCAUGGUUACCCAUUCAACAUCGUCCACCACGUCGGCUUCAGGACCUUCAUUAGGAACCUUCAACCGAUGUUUAAAUUGGUUUCUGCGGACGUCGUGAAGGCAGAUUGCAUGAAGAUAUACGAGAAUGAGAGGCUCAGGUUGCUUGAAGUGUUAGACAAGCUACAUUCUCGAAUUAGCCUCACCAUCGACGUGUGGAGGUCAAUCGAGGAUGCAAAGUAUGUGUGCUUGACGUGCCACUAUGUUGAUAAUGAUUGGCAGCUUCAGAAGAAAAUUCUUAACUUUUUUCACGUUGGGUCUUUGGAAAUGGGCCAAGAAAUCAGCAAGACCAUAUUGGAGAAGUUGCUGGAGUGGAAUAUAGAUGGGAAGCUAUGUACCAUAGUACUAGACAAUUGUGGCACCAGUGAUUUGGUGGCAAGUGAGCUUCUUGGAUACCUUCGUGUGAAGGGCUUUCUCAUCUCAAAUGGUGAAAUGUUCUAUGCUCGUUCUGGUGGACAGUUGCUGAAUAUUGUCGUCCAGACAGCUCUUGAUUCGGCUUGUGAGAUCAUCGGUAGAAUUCGUGCUUGCGUGCAAUAUGUAAAAUCCUCACAUGAAAGACUAGCAAGAUUUCAGAAAGAUGCAGAGCAAAUGGGCAUUCCACAAAAGCAAUUAGUUCUUGAUUCUCCAGCUAGUUGGCCCUCAACACACUUAAUGCUUAAAACUGCUUGCCAGUAUCAAGAGGCUUUUAAACACUUGGCAGAAUGUGACAUAGAGAGUAUAGACUUUCCUUCACCCAAGGAUUGGGAUGAUGUUAGAGCUAUUAUUGAUUGUCUAGAAGUGUUUUAUGAUGCUAUGGAGAAAUUUUCAGCCACAAGAAUCCCAACUGCCAGUCUAUAUUUUAAUGAGAUGUGUGGUAUUCAUUUUCUCUUGAAGACCCGGUACAAGAGCCCACAACCUUUUAUUGCAUCAAUGGCCAAAGAGAUGCUCGAGAAAUUCGAACAGUAUUGGGAAUUCAACAGAAUGCUUAUGGCGAUUGCUUCUGUUUUAGAUCCUCGAUAUAAGAUGAAGUCUGUAGAAUACUUCUUCACAAAAGUUUUUGAUGACUCAUCUGAAGCCAAGACAAGGAUCGACAAUGUUCAUGACAGCUUUAUAAAUCUUUACAAUGAAUAUAUAGGCCAGUCAGCUAAUUCUUUAAAAAGUCAAGCCUUCUAUAGUGGGACUAGUGGUGGCUAUAGUAGUGCUGAAUUUGGAAAUGAUGGAGAAUGUAAAACAUCUCACAUUACAUUGUCUGAUACACAACGUGGAUUAGAUCAAUAUCUUAAAGAGACAUCAUCAGGUCAUCCAGCAAGAUCUGAUCUGGAUAUGUACUUGGAGGAAGCUGUUCAUCCCUCAAACAGUCCUGAUGACAAUUUUGAUAUCUUAGCUUGGUGGAAAUAUAAUGCUGCUAAAUAUCCUGCUCUUUCUAUGAUGGCCCGUGAUAUUUUGGGGAUUCCUAUUUCAGUUGAUCUAGUAGAUAGUGAUGCGAGAACAUUAAAUCAGUAUCUGAGUUCAACAGAUCCAGUAACUAUAGAAUGCUUGAUAUGUGCACAAGAUUGGAUAGGAAAUGAAACAGAGGUGUCACCGGUGGAUGCCCUUGCACUUGUUUCUUUGGAGGGCAAUGGUGAUGAGGUCAUGGUACCUGCUGGUGGUGACUAGUUCUUCCAAUGUGUAGUAGAAGAUAUUGCAUGGUAGAUCAUUCUGGCCGAGCAAACUCUGGUUAUUCCAAUCAAUGAAGAGAGUCAUGGCAUUUUUCUAUACAAUCAUGGUUGAAGAUUGCCUAUUGAUGGAUCCUCUGAUUGGUGUUCAAAGUUGUACUAAAAGUUUGACUUGCACCCAUUUUUCCUGUAUUUUCAAUUAACAUCACUGAACUUAGAUAUUAUAGAAUUUCUUCAUGAUCACUCGAGUCUGAAGGCAUAACCCUACGAGUCUUGUUCGCUUGUUAUGCAGGAACCAUAGCAUCUAAAUGCGGCCAAAAAGACUUAACGCUAAUCCAUAUUAUUGUCUCCGCAUGCUGAGCUAUGAAGCUAAAGCCUGUAUUCCUUCUCCACUCUUCUUCGUGUGUCAAGAGAAUUAGUCUGGAUAUUGUGUCUUGCUGUGCUGACUAUUCUGGCGCUAUUAAGUAAAUGUAUAGACAUGCUUUCCUAACUUGCAGAGUAUCGAACAAUGUUGAGUUGUACAAUCUGCACCAUUGUUUUGUAUCUCUGCAAACAUUGAUGAAAGAUCGAUCACUGAUGUGAACUACUCACUAGCAGAAGAACCAGUCAAGUGGAAUUUGCGUGCUGUUGCCGAUGAAGCUCUGCGACAUCUUAUUUCCUAGUUUGCUGGAAGCUGAAUAGGUAACAUGGAUGGUCUUCUCCGUUGAGUAUUGCUGGAACAAAGGCCAUCUGUUGGUAGCUUUCUUCUUUGCAUUUAUUUCAGUGGAUAUGUUAAAGAGGGAUCUCCAUUCAAUAGAUAAAAGAUGUGGAAUUUUGACC